AUGGGGGUAGAGACAGUUUGUGCUUCGUCUAUUCGUGCCUACACACUAUUGGAAUAUGAAUAUUACAUACAACAACUCGGCUCGAUUAAUGAGAAGAUAAGGGGUUAUCUGGACGAAGUUGGACCUGAGAGAUGGUCACGUUUCCACAUGCCUUCAAACCAGUAUUCCACAAUGACAUCAAAGAUUGUGGAGUCGGUUAAUGCGGUCACAAAAUCUGCCAAGAACUAUCAUAUUCUAGCUUUGUUGGAGUCAUUGAGACAAAUUCUACAACCUUGGUUCUGUAGACACAAGGAGGACGCCCAAGGCACUUUUACAACCUUGUCAAUUAAGUAUGAGAAGAAGAUGAGGGAAAUGAGUACAGAUAUGAGAAACUUGAGGGUAAACUUGAUUACUGUGACCUAA